AUGGCUGACAAUUUGAUUCAAAAGCCACAUAAAACUAGUGAAAAAAACAAGUAUAACAACGUUGUUCAUCGUACUACGAGUGAAUCUCUUCGACUGAACGAAUCAGAGAAGGGAGUGACUCACCCGACGAGUCUGCAAUCCGCCCAUAACCCAAGGAAAAUAUCUUCCUUUCAGAUAACCAGUGUGACUGUUGGCUCUCGGGUGAGCACUGAUGCAGGCGACGACUCCGCUGACGAUCUAGACGAAUCUCACACCGAUGACAUCUCAAGGGUGACCGAUAUAGAGAAUGAAACUCCGAGCUACUCAGAAGAUACCUUUUCGAAAGACGACGUUUUUUACAACGCGUCGAGUCAAUCACUAGGUUGUGCUCCUGUCAUUCCGACUAGUUCGCAGUACGGACUCGCGAUCGUCGGCCAGGACAAUACCAAUCAAAUAGGAGGAUCAGUGCCAAAUAGUAAUAACACUGAAGUAAAUGACAUGCACGUCAGUGUCACUAAUGCCGGAACGGGCAGCAUUAUCAACCUUAUAGGCAAUUCGAAGCCCCAAGAAGGAAUGAAGGAGAUACAAGAACAUGUUAGAAAUGAACGUUUUAAAGUAGUGAAAAUUGAAAGUACCGAGCCUUUUCGCCGUGGCAGAUGGAUGUGUAUGGACUAUCUCGACCAUACCACCACUCAACAAAAUGCACCUAUCACACUUAAUAAUAAUUUGGAUGUGACCGAGACUAAUAACCUACAAGCUCCUGACAGUGGAGUAGUAAUGAAUGAUAGUCAACAUGAUGAUAUGUGUAAUGAUCUGGGUAAUAAAGUACCUAAAGAUCAAGUGAAUGCAGUGCAGCAAAUGGAUCAAAGUGUUCAGAAACAAUUUCCUAUGGCUUCCCCUGGACAAUCUUUGACUCAACCAAUUAAUAUAGUGCAACAACAGAUGCCAGUUAAUCAAUCUGUGUCUGUGCAGUCUCCACCUUUAGAGAUGCCUCAACAGAUGCCUAACCAAAAUUUACAAUCGAAUCAGCAAGUUGGGCAACAACACACCCAGAGUAUGACACAUAUCACUAUGCAAAACACAGCCCCAAAUCAUCCCCAAUCCAAUCAGCAACCACAAGUGCAACAGAUCCCGCAAAGCUUUCCACAGCAUCAAUUACAGCAAGUGAUUGCACAGUCUCAAGGUAUCACUAUGCAACAGAUACCCAUGCACCAACAAAUGCCACAGCAGAUGCAACAAAUCCCUAACCAGCAAAUGCAACAAAUGGGUCAACAUUUGCCUCCGACCCAACUCACUAAUAUGCAAAUACAGCAGCAGAUGCCCCAAAUGCAGGGUAUACCUAAUCAAGGUCAAUUAACCCAAGUGCCUGGCCAACAAGCACAAAUGCAGCAAAUUCAAAUGCAACCAAUUCAGGGCCAACCUAAUCCCCAGCAAAUUCAUCAAAUGCAACAGGCCCAGAUUCCCAAUAUUGGGCAAAGUCACCACCUGCAAGGUCAACAGACUAUGGGACAACAAGCCCAACUGCAGCAUUUGUCUAGUCAGGCCCAAAUUCAGGCAUUAAACCAGCAAAUGCCAAACCAUAUGCAACAAAUGCAGAUGCCCACUCAGUUAACUGCGACUAAUCAACAGAUUUCACAAAUGCAAACUCAGAUGCACCAAAUGCCAUCCCAGCCUCAGCAGUCAGUGGUUCCUGGAAUACACCCCCAAAUGCAACAACAAGGCAUGGGUGUCCCUCAACCACAGUACAAUCAAGCAGUUAACCAGCAACCUAAUCCACAAUCAAUGAUUAAUGCAACCAUUCCUUCAUCGCAACAACCAAUGGUUCAACAACAACACAAUGUUCCUCAAUAUCAUACACAACAAUCUCAGAUGUCGCAGCAGGGCCAGACCUUGCCUCAGGAGGUGCUGUCUAGUAUUGUUACAUCCCAGCAAGGUGCCACUCUUCCUACUAAUCUGCAACCUAUGGCCACUCAGCCACAGGGGUCUACAUUGCCAGCGAAUCUCCAAAGCCUAGCCGGCCAACAACAGGCACCAGUGCACACUAUGGCUCCACAGCAAGGAAAUGUGCCCCAAGGAAACAUACAAAUCAUGACUGCCCCUCCCCAAAGUAUGCAGAUGACUUUAGAGAAUCAACCAAAUAUGCAAAUGCCUGCAUCUGAUCCUAUAUUCAUGCAGCCUGCAAAUGUGGGUCAACAGAUGCCUUCACAUAUGACCCAGCCUCAAAAUAUGAUGCAGCAGCAAGCUCAAGGGCAGAUGGGUGGUGUUCAAUAUGUUCCUAAUCAAACAGUACCGCAAGUGUCAAUGGCACACCAGAAUAUUCCGAUGUCAAUGCAACAAAACAUGCCUGUUGGAAUGGGUGGUGCGGUUCACCCUAACGUGGUGCAAUCACAGACUAAUAUGGCUUUGGGCUACGGUGGCGUCGUGCCAGUAAUGUCUCAAAGUAGCGUAGCUCCCGUUGAGGCUACUGUUUCGGGGACUAACUCUCCUGUGGUAUCAAUGCCGGUGAACUCUACCGCGUACGUUACAAACGCGGCUGCCCCGGUCCAUGACAGUCAGGGCUUCGGUAGCCCAGUUAGUGCGGUUGUGUCUCAUGCGAUCAGUAGCGCAGUGAUGAGCAAUGUGAAUGUGAAUGCCUGUGAUAGUGGUGCUCCAGACGUGGCUCAGGAUGGCCUCCAGCCUGGCGACACUGGCGACGGGAAGGAUGAACCGCCUCCACCACCUGAGGAUGAAAGG